GACGGGAGUCUCCCCGUCAACUCUGGCCAGUCCCAGUGUCCCAGGCCGGGGUCUCCCCUCCCAGUCUGUGUUGGACGGGGGCGCUGAGGCGGUGGCCGGGCCCUGUCUGAGGAAGAGGGUGGGGCAUGGACUAAUGCUGACCAAUAAGAGAGAAGGAAGCUACGAUUGGCGGCGAUGAGCACUAAUAGGAGAUCGUCUUUACCUUGCGGAGUGCCGCCCCUCUUCUCUCCCUCCUCCCGCCUCCUUCCUUUGGGGGGAAGGCGGGGCCAGAGGCCUGAAGUGUGGGGAGAACUUGGGCUCCGCUCUGCUAUAUGAAAUAUGGGAGACGACAGACCGUUUGUGUGCAAUGCCCCGGGCUGUGGACAGAGAUUUACAAACGAGGACCACCUGGCAGUUCAUAAACACAAGCAUGAGAUGACAUUGAAAUUUGGCCCAGCCCGAACUGACUCAGUCAUCAUUGCAGAUCAAACUCCUACUCCAACUAGAUUCCUAAAGAACUGUGAGGAGGUGGGGCUCUUCAAUGAACUAGCUAGCUCCUUUGAACAUGAAUUCAAGAAAGCUACAGAUGAGGAUGAAAAAAAGGCUGCUGCCGGGCCCCUCGACAUGUCUUUGCCUUCCACACCAGACAUCAAAAUCAAAGAAGAGGAGCCAGUGGAGGUAGACUCAUCCCCACCUGACAGCCCUGCCUCCAGCCCCUGCUCCCCGCCACUCAAGGACAAGGAGGUUGCCCCAAAGCCUGUUGUGAUCUCUACCCCGACGCCCACCAUCGUACGUCCUGGCUCUCUGCCUCUCCAUUUGGGCUAUGAUCCACUUCACCCAACCCUUCCCUCUCCAACCUCUGUCAUCACACAGGCUCCACCGUCCAACAGGCAGCUGGGGUCUCCCACUGGCUCCCUGCCUCUCGUCAUGCAUCUUGCUAAUGGACAGACCAUGCCUGUGCUGCCAGGGCCUCCGGUACAGAUGCCUUCUGUUAUAUCGCUGGCCAGGCCUGUGUCUAUGGUACCCAACAUUCCUGGUAUCCCUGGCCCACCAGUUAACAGCAGUGGUUCCAUUUCUCCCUCUGGCCACCCGAUGCCAUCAGAAGCCAAGAUGAGACUAAAAGCCACCCUAACCCACCAAGUCUCCUCAAUCAAUGGUGGUUGUGGAAUGGUGGUGGGUACUGCCAGCACCAUGGUGACGGCCCGUCCUGAGCAGAGCCAGAUCCUCAUCCAACACCCUGAUGCCCCGUCCCCUGCCCAGCCACAGGUCUCACCGGCCCAGCCCACCCCUAGCACAGGAGGGCGCCGGCGGCGCACAGUGGAUGAAGAUCCAGACGAGCGGAGGCAGCGCUUCCUGGAGCGCAACCGGGCUGCAGCCUCUCGCUGCCGUCAAAAGCGGAAGUUAUGGGUGUCCUCCCUAGAGAAGAAGGCAGAGGAACUCACUUCUCAGAACAUUCAGCUGAGUAAUGAAGUCACGUUACUACGCAAUGAAGUGGCUCAGUUGAAACAGCUGCUGUUAGCUCAUAAAGACUGCCCAGUCACUGCACUACAGAAAAAGACCCAAGGCUAUUUAGAAAGCCCCAAGGAAAGCUCCGAGCCGACGGGUUCUCCAGCCCCUGUGAUUCAGCACAGCUCAGCAACAGCACCUAGCAAUGGCCUCAGCGUUCGCUCUGCAGCGGAAGCCGUGGCCACCUCAGUCCUCACUCAGAUGGCCAGCCAAAGGACAGAACUGAGCAUGCCCAUACAGUCGCAUGUGAUCAUGACCCCACAGUCCCAGUCUGCGGGCAGAUGAUGCCUCCCCCGGUGGAGAGGUCCCCAGCCAGAGCUCGCCCGUCCGAGAGCCAAGAGAGAUGUCAUCUUAUCCCCUCCCAUCUGCUUUGGACAUGGCAGCAUGGGGGAAAAAUUGUGUGUUGUGAGUAAUGGACAGAUGCGGGGCUUUUCUCUUCAGCCACAUGGUUGUGUACGUUGACACCUGUACUAGGAGCCUCCCAACCCGAGCCACAUAGAUCAUCCCCCAAGGGGGGUUUCUGAUGUCCCCACAGCCAAAGGCCUUUCCACAUGGUCCGAACAAUCACCCCUGCCCAUGCACGUAUACCUGUCUCUUUUAACACUAACCCUUGCACCUUUAGGUUUUGGGUUUCUCAGUUCCCUCUCUUCCCACUAAGCCGUAACUGUUCCCUUCUUGUUCCUCAGCAGCAUGUGCCACUUCCUGCUCAGUAGAGGGAGCAAGAAUUGAUGGCAUAUCACCUGCUGACCCAUCCCCAGCUCCCCCACCCCCCAUGGACUCAGGACUUUGUCUCCCAGUAGCUGCUUAUUUAUCUCUUUUUCUCCUUCCAAAAUCCUAGUCAAAACAUUGCCUUACAGUGAAUGUAAGGUUACCUUUGAUGUGUGAAAUAGCAAUAUGUUCCAGCUCUUCCAUAAACUUUAGUCCUUCUCCCUACCUUCCACCAGAAAAACCAAAACAACAAAAAAAGUAAAAAGAAACAAAACCCCAAGACUUCCAGUCCUUUUUCAUCUAUUUCCAGAGGGUACCUCAUUUUGUCUCUUGAGUGUCCCCAGUCUAGUGGUGGGGUCUUUUCCGCCUCCUACUAAGCCUUGGCGACCUCAUCUUGUGUGUGGCCUUAUUAGGUAUCGCUUGGUAGUGAAAAGGGAAAGAGCCUGGGAUCUGACUGGCUGACCCCUCCCUUCCCCACUCCAUCCUUCAGCCUAACCAUCAAGGCAGGCGGAACAAUGUAGUUUAUAAACUCAUUCCAUCACGUUACUGGAUUGAUUCUUUUAAGUUUUAUAAGAGUUUACUGACCAAAGCAUACAUAUUCCUUUUGGUCACCUGUCCGCUCUUGCCUCUCCCUCUUCAUUCCCGUCUCCAUCACUGCCCCUCUCUCUCUCAUCCAUAACUAGUUCAGAUGCAGCUCUCUGGAAGCUGUCAUGUAGGGGACUCCUGUGCUCCGUCACUCUAACCCCCAUCUCUCAGCCUCACACAUCUGUCUUUUCCGAGCUAGGGUUUUAUAUUCACAAAUGUCACACACCUUCUGUAUCUACCUUCUCUUUCAUCAGGCCCCCAGCCUAGCCACGAGGUCUCUGGUUCUGCAGCAUUUCUUCAGCUUUUUUCUGCUCUCUGCCCCCUAGAUGCAGUGCUUCUUCAUAGUCCAAACCCCAGGACUCUGAGGCAUCAGAGCAAUUUUCUGAGUGGGUUUUCUUGAGUAUAAGGUUCGAUGGAGGGAGGCUGGAGAGGGAGAGGCACUAAUCUCAGCAGAAGAGCCCUGCUACGUGGGAAGGGUCUGGCCUACAUGGGAAAUUGGUGCCUAUUGCUCUCAGCCAUUUUUACUUUGAAGAGUCAGGUUACAGUGGGAGAAAUUCAUCCCUCUUGUCCCUCUUUCUUCCCCAUGAAGACUUCUCAUCUUCCUUUGGCUCUGACCUAUGCAAUUUCUAACAGGGCCAUAGGAAGCAAUCCAAAGCCAGGGACCUGUGGCUAGAUAUGUCAGCUUUAAUAUCCCUUCAAGUAUGAAACCUUUCCAAUUGUCCCAGAGCCACCUUCUGCCAUCUGCCGAAUCCACGAAUGUCCUUUCCUCCAUCUCUCCUACCUCCAUCUUAAAUAUACAUACAGAAUAACUCCCAGCUUCCUUUCUUAUUUUGUCUUCCAAAAUUGACUGUCAUAGAGGAAUAAGGAAAUGUUCUAAGCUACAAGAUUCCCGUCUUCUCAGAGUGAUAAACUGGUAAGCCAGUCAGAUAACAUGUUCUACUGCAUUUGUUUUUAAUUUCCCCUCCUGCUUUUCAGAGCCGGUGCUGAACAAGCCACACCUGGUGAAGAGAAAGGAGAGAAAACAUGGUUUUCUCAUCCUCUGCCACCCGGGAGCCAACAGGAACAGCCCCUGAGGUGACUCAGACUAGCAAAUGGCAUGGCAGAUGGUCAGGAUGCAGGUUACCACCUCCAGGGACUCCACUUGCCUUUAAAAAUUCACAGCCAUAACUUGUGCUCAGGACUUUUUCUUUAGACGGCCGCUCCCUGGGCUUUUCUCCUGCUUUAGUUUUAUUUCAUUUUUUAUUAUCUUGAUUUCCCACUAGCAGCCUUGCCCUUAAGCUUGACUGAGUUUAUGGCUCCUAAGGAGCCUUCAUAAGACCCUUCACUAUUUUUCUUCCCCCUUCAGUCAAGUGUUUUUCAAGUUAAGAAUCAGUGGUCACUACACACAUGCCCUGCCUAACUGCUUGCUUUGGAGGAGGUUUGAGUCCUGCCAGUCUGUCCUGUGUAGAAUGGCUCAUUUAUGUAGAAGGUCUUAUUUAGCUUCUGAGCCCCCGGGUCUAAUUCUUGAGUCCUUGUUUCAUUUUCAUCAGUGGGAAGUUAGUACUGGGGGCCUAAUGAGGGACAUUGGCAGAACCUUCAUAGUAAAGCAGCAGUCACAUGAGGAAAGGGCAGGACAGAACCCCACAGACAGCUUUUUAGUUGAUCCUCAAUCUCACUAAGAAGGCAGAGCAACUGCUGACCCUGAAGCCUCUCUCAUGGUCAAGGAGGAUUUCACUCACCUUGUUAUUGCUGCCAGCUGUGUGGCCGCUCUCCCUUGUUCUUUGCUUCCAGACUCAUCUGGACCAGAACCAGACAUCAUGGAGGGUGUCACUCAGCCCUUUGUAAGGACCAUGGCCUUUCUAGGGACUUAAGGGAAGACACUUUCUGAAAGGAGCUGGGAGUGUGGAACCUUGGGGCUUUUCCAAGUGAACACAGGACUCAGGCCUCUCACCUCACUCCAAAGACACAGCUGCUAGAUACCCAAAGCCGUAGAGAACGGGGCCAGGAGCACCAGGUCAUCGGAUCUGUGGACUCUCUGCCCCAGUCCCUUAAAAGAAAGCUUGCUGAGAGUUCAAAAAUCUGAGAAAGCCUCCCCCACUACUAAGGGAGACUAAAAAGAGUAGGACUUCCUUUACUUUUUCUUCUAAAUCUGGCUUCCUUCAGCCUCCACUCCUCUGCUCGGCCCUAAGCACUAGACCAUAUACUCAUGAUGGUGGUAAAGAGGAGAUGACCUAACCGAGCCUCACUUUGCUGCUUUCCCUCUGCCUAUCGUUUUUGGCUCCUUUCCUAAUUCACUGCCCUCCAGCACCGCGCAUCCUGGUAGAUGGGGUGCUUAAUCAUAACCGUCUACAGCCUGAACUACCGCCACGCAGACAUCAGGAUAUUCCUCCUGUGGUUUCUGAGGCUCCCCUGCUCCACACUGAGAGGCUCCUUUAAAGGUGCUAGCCCUAAGACAGCUCCCUCCCAAAAAAAAAGUUCUCCCUUUCUUUCAUAACUUCCUUCCCAUCCCGAAAUCAUUAUUUUUCAUUAAUAUUGUACAUUGUAUACACAGGAAGGAAAUGUAUUUUUUUUAUUUCAUAACCAGUCUGUUUAGAAUCCAAUCCUCCUAGCUGUAUCACAUAUGCCUUUGUUGAUAUGCUCUUUCUGCUUUCUUUAGACUAUUGUUUGAUGGGCGGAGGGAGGAACAAGACAGGUCAACCUCCCACGACCCUAAACAUCCACUCAGAGGACAGAACUUAUUUCUCAGUUUCUGUUUACAACACACAGAUGUGCACACAGACGUAAAUCCCCGCCUCCCCCACCCCCCAGGGUGCUGACCCAGCAGGAAUGAGCAUCAUUCCCACCCUCUGUACCGGUUCACUCAUCGCUCUGUGGGGUAAAAUCCUACUCCAGAAUGAGAAAAGGCUGGGGAGAGUAGGGAAGGUUAAGGCAGCUUAUGUAUGUCUUUUGUAGACGCAGUUUUUAUUGUAGUUGCUGGGGGGGUGGGUUGUUUGUUUUUUACUGAUGGCUGGUAGCACAGAUAUCUGACCAGCACUAGCUGCUGGUGAGUGACAUUUUAGCUGUAAAACAUGGCUACGAGCACUAGUUUCAUUGACUCUCCCUUGGGCAGUGGUUCUCAGAACGGGGUCCAGCAGCAGCAGCAUCUGGGAACUUGUUAGAAAUGCACAUUUAGGCCCCUCCCCUGACCUAUUGAAUCGGACACUCGGGAUGGGCUCUGACAAGCACUCCAGGUGAUUCUAAUGCACACUAAAGUUUAAGAACCAUCACCUUAGGGGCAGCUGGGAAAUUGCAGGGUGUCGAGGAUAUUUUAAGUACCAUCCUCUGCCUUCGCACUAACAUAUUUUUCCAUUUCCUCCAGCCCCUCCCUCUACUCCCAUUAAAACAACAACCACAUCAUUCAUCUCAAAAUCUAGGUUUGUCUUUGUCCUACUUCUCCCUACAACUUGUCCUGCAUCUGUCUGGACAAGAGUUGUCCCAUAUUCCCUUGCAGACUGGUCACUCCAUGUUUUGUUACAGGAAGGACCAGCUGGAGUCUUAGCUGCCCUGUGUACACACACACACACACACACACACACCCCUACCUUUCAGGCAGGGAGAUGAGCCUCCAGCCCCAACAGUGGAGGCUGCAGCCUCCUGACAUAGUAUCUGUUGAAAAGAAAGCAGUGUGUAUCUAUGGUUAUAUCUCUGCUCAUCUGUAUAUCUUUGACAUGUAGCAAAACCCCUCCAUCUCAUGAAGGAACUCCAUUGUGGUCUGGGUUUCCCCAGCCCCCAGCGGUAGCCUUUGACAGGUGGGAGGCUGCAGUGCUACAGGCUAUUUUGUUACAAAACCAUCUUCUCCUUUCCCCUCCAUCCAAGUCAGCAUGACCCCUGUGAGCAGGCUCUCACAAACCCCCGGGACGGGGCUGAGGCAGAGGCUUCGCUCUAUUCUCCCUAACCGUCCCUUCUGCCUUCCCCCUCGCCACUUAGCAGUUAUCCCCCAGCCAUGCCUUCUCCCUCUCCCUUGCCAUGACAUAUAUUGUGCCUUAUUUAUGCUGCAAAUAUAACAUUAAACUAUCAAGAGAACCACUGUUAUGUCUGAUGCUUCAGUCCUCUGAUCUACAAGUCCCAUUGUCCACUCUUUCUGGGAACUCAUUGAGUUUUCAUGUCUAUGAUCUUCCCACGCUCCCAUUUCCUAGGACAGAAGGAGCCAGGAUUCUUAUCCCUCCUUUUUAUGCAGUGAAGACAUAGUCUAGAGGAGGCGGGUGGUUUAUAUAAAUUACAUAACACAACAGAAGGCACAGGGACCAAGGCUCAGAUGUGUGUACUGCCCUCGGGACAGGGCCCUCGGCAUCAUGGGAGCACUCACUGGAGGACUUGUGUGCUUUGUGUGGAUGGGACGGUGUUUGAAGGCAAGUGGCCUCUUACCUUUCAGUGUUUUCUUCCCAACCCCUCCCAACAAUUAAAAAAAAAACAACCAUAAGCCCAACCCUCAGGAAGUUUCCAACAUGACUGGGGAAUGCACACAGGCUGAAAGAGAAGCUUUCUCUGAUUCUAUGAGAUCUAUGGGUAUGGGGGGAAGUUGGUUAGAAGCAGGUAAGAGAGUUCCCAAGAUACACAGGUAAUGCUUAGGAACCAUAUGGAGUAAGGAGGUGCAGGACAGUCACUAGUAAUUUCUCGCAUCUGCGGAUUCCUGAUAAUUACAAGUGAGGAGAGUGAGCCAGGCUGAAGGACUUGACCAGGCACUAGCAGGUUUCCCAGUAGGUGAGAAAUGAUCUAAGAAGCUGUUUGUGGCUGAUGUUCGGUAUAAUUGACACAAAUAGGGAGACUGAAUCUCCCUAGGAGAGUGGGAAAGGCAGUGGUGAUCUUCAUUGUGUUGUGGUCAGGAGCACAUGGAGACCCAGAGAAGGGGAAGAAAGGAAGUUACUGGAAGCCAAAUAUUAAAGCCAAGAUGAAGAGGUUUGAGACUCUGAAGGCAGGGCAGUUUCCCAUGUUAGCAGAACUCAUUCAUUCCAACUACCAACCAAAGGAGAGACCACUCACCUCCAUCCUGAACAAAGGAAGCCCUUUCUCAGUGCAGCCUCAGCUCAGAUACAGUUGUAAUUGGUGAUUAGAGAAAUAGUAGGGAGGGAAGCAUCCGGGUGGUAAACAUUAAGUGCCUACUCUAUGCUAGAUGGAAUGCUAGAUGCUGUGGAUCACUUGCUAUUUCCAACAACCUUUUGAUAACAGGAGCAGUUGCCUCAUUUUAUUGAAGAUGAACUGAGGUUUAGGUUAAGACACUUGCCCGAGGCACACAGUGUAGUGCAAGAGCUGGGAUUAAAACUGAGUUCUGUCUGACCCGAGCCCCUCUCCACAGUGCCCCACCCCCUGCUCCUCUGGACUUCUGUCAGGUGAGAACAGACAAGGACCUCACUGUGAGGCAGGAUCCAUUUGCCACAGAAGAACCAUCUAUCUAUGGUCUUGAUGCUUCCUUUUAAGAAAUGGUGAAACUAUAAGAUGCAAUGAGUGUCAGGUCUGUGCUUGAGACCAGCCACGAGACAUAGCGUACAGAGGGUUCCUGCUAGCUUACGCUGCACUAAUAGAAACGUGGUAUCUAGAACAUCCAAAUCAAAACCUGCUCUAAUCUCCCUACCCAGAGAACGAAUUGGUUUGUAGAUGCCUUACUUUAAAGGGAGGGGACACGCUUCCUCUUGAACAAAAAAAGAGAGUGGAAGAAUGUAAUCUGCCUUCACACCCGCGAAAGGCUUGCACGAAUGAAAGAAACGAGAUGUUCUGUGAGACUUAAUGAAGCAAACUAAGACCCCUGGGUGGAGGCCACAAGGAGACAGAAAGCAGCGUGGCGCAAGGAUAAAUCUGUGUGA